CCCCACAGCCCCCCUGCUCCGCGGUGCCUGAGCUAGACGAUCUCAAAGUUAUCCGGCAUCAUGUAAACGGUCUAUCCGGAUAAGUUUUGUUACGGUUUCGUAGCGAGGCGGUGAUUUUAACACAAUUAGGCUAAAAUCUUAGCGACAAGAUUCGCUAUUCAUAACAGAGCUCACAUCACUCGGCGGCAUAUUAUUUUCUGUUCUUGAUAAGAGCACUCCAAGGAUCCAGCGCAUCAGAAGAAUUCUUAAAAAAAGCAUUUAGAAAGAAAAGUGUGCGUAAAUUUCGGCAAAGGUCUGGACAAAAAACAUGAUGGAAUAUUUUAUCAAUGAUAUUGUGCCAGAAGAAUGGAUUGCGAAUGUGCAAGGAGAGUUUCAUCAAUCUUUGUCUUGAACUGAAGCUAUUCGUUUUGAAAAAUCUGCUGUAUUCGUACUCGUGUAGACAGAAUGUCUAUCUGUAUCGAAAGUUGUACGGCGCCGUGUAAACGCGAUCUAUCCGUAUAACCUUUUAUUCGGAUCAAAAGUUAUCCGGCAUCGUUUAAAAGCAGCCUUAGGUUAUUGUACUUAGCAUCUGAAGGCAAAAUAUAUUGCUGUGAAAAAAGUACACACAAUAUAUUUUUCGAAAAGGGGCACUUUUGCACUUUUCGAAUCAGGGGGGUUGACUCGUAUAAGCGACCGGCGCUUGUAUAUCAUUGGAAACCACUGGAAACGUGGAAACCCCUAUUCUGAACGAAUACGAGGCUGUUUGAUACAACAUGGCCGACGAAAUGGGAGCCAAAAAUUCUACCAAAAGUAAAGGUUUCGAAGGUACUUUAGUACAUGGCACUAUGAAAUACAAGAUCGAGCUACCAAGCUUGGAAUGCACUAUUGCUGAUCUGUCUGAUGUUAUUUAUGAAGUAACCAAAGUGCCUUCUUCAAGACAACGCUUAAUUUAUAAAGGGAAAUCACUAACGAAAACGGAGGAAUCCUUGAGUGAAAGUAACAUAAAGAAUGGGGCAAAGAUAAUGUUGAUAGGUAAAAAGAAUGAUCCAGUUGAAGAAAGAUUGAUUUGCUCGAUAUCCAAAGUAGAAAAUGAUUUUAAAAUUGCAGAAGAAAAGUUCAGAGAGACAGAAAAAUUUUUUUUGUCUUUGAAGCAGGGAUAUCUGAAUGAAAACAUGACACAUCAGUCACUGGAUGACAUUGAAAAGUCACUGAAACGUCAGGACGAAGGUUUUAUGAAAUGCAUUGAAAAACUAGAUUCAAUGGAAAUUGACAUUACACACCAAGAAGCGAAAGCAAAACGACGAACUUUAAUAAAAAUCGUACAGAAAUUACACGAUGAAGUGGACAUUUUUGAAGGCAAGCUAAAAGAAUAUCGAGUCGAUCAUUCCAUUUAGAGAGCACACUGGAUGCAAGCAUUGUUCUUAAGCGUGUUUUUGCUGUUUUGGAUUCCCUUGAAGUCACUAUCAAUACCUCAGUGUGGAUUCAGACCAAAAGAGUGUUUGCACAUUCUUCUGAAUAGUCUCGAGUCAAUCUACUCAAGUUAUGCAUUAGAUUUACUCGAGGAUUAGCUUAUACAAAUAAACAAUAACUGACAAUUUUAGACAAAUACAAAUGACCUCAAGAGGAAAAUAUAGCUCUGAGGUUUGGCAAUUCAGUAUCAACUUGAAGACUGUUUUUGCUUAGAAGAAUCACGAGGCUAAGUACUCACCUUUUAAAAAUACAGUUUUGAGUUUGGAGGCUUAAAAAGUCCUACGUAGUAUCUCUACCCUUCCAAUUUAUUAAAGGUUUAGCUUAAUAUUUUUCUUAUAUUUAAUAUAGGCUUUUCAUAUGCUGUGCAUAAACUAAGUCUAUAGACGUACAUAGAUUUUCUUUCAUCAAAUAUCACACAAUGGAAGCGUUUUUUCCUUAUGGGUAAGCUUCGUGUCAGAAGAAAAAUAAGAAUAUAAUUUUUUACUUUUUACUGUUUUGUUGAAUUUUAUGAUGUGAAUCUUAAUGCAAGUUUGAGUGGUAGAAAUGUUUUGUCUACUUAAAAUAGGCCUAUGGCAUCGUCUCUUCUCUAAAGAAUUAAACUCAAGUAAAGCUAAAAUGAUUAAAAGGAUCCAAAAGUAAUCACAGAAUUAUUGAAAGAAAAAAGUAAAGGCUAAAAUUAGCAUGCCAUUUCCGUAUUUUUGGAUUUUUAUUACGUCAGAAUAGCUUAUGAUGACUUAUAAAAUGAAAAGAAUUUGUAUUCAGUAAAUGUAAAAGCUGUAUCUGGUCUAAGAUAAAAUCUUUAAUACUGUCUUCUAACAAUGUUACUUUCUUUGUACAUUUUAAGUUCAAUUGCCAAAAAUAAGAAUAAUAAAUAUAAUUUCCAAGUCUUAUUCUGUAAAAGUAUUAUUCACGUCCGUUAUUGCAUUCUGUUGUACAGAAUCCUUUCGCGAUAUCAGAUAGAUCAUCACAGAUCAUCUGCCCCUAUAAAUCAAUAUGUUGCUGUUAGAUUUUGAUCUUUAUUUUUUUAAUCGGAGUUUAUGACAAAGGAAAUUAUAGAUAAUUUGUUUAAGUGAGAUACCUUAUACCCCCAUCCCCUUAUUUAAAUUAGCUAUCUCACAGUAUAACACUUCGUCUCGUUGCUUGUUUAUAUUAGGACCAGAGAGUAUGACAAUGUUUUCAUUACGUUAAUGCGACUACAAUUCAAAAGCUGGCGUUUCAUUUUUCAAUAAAGUACGCUCGUCAACAGUUGUAGGGCAGGAUCGGUGGCCAUGAGUCCUUCCAGCCAUUUUUGAUGGGGUGGGAAAGAUUAGAAAGGGUUUUCAAGAUAUAGAAACUUGUAAAGUUCCUCAAUUAACACACAAAUGGAGUCGACUUAAUAAGUACCACUUCGUUUUUAGGUUUCAAAUAACUCUUCUUAGACUUUUAUUAUCUCAACUGUUAAUGCUCAAUAAAGGCUGCAUUAUUUGUUAUUUCAAAGAUAUCUCAAUAGACUCAACUUGGAAAUGCCUGUCCAUGGACUAUACACAUGAAGUCAAAUCAAAAGUAUCUAUUUUCUGAGUCAAACUAAAUGAACAACGUAAAAGCUAGGGGAAAGAGCUUUAUUCCCAUCAGCAUCUAGAAAGAAAACUUGUUAAAGAGGUUAGCCUGUCCUGUUGAAAAUGUCUGUCGCUGCGGGUGUUUGAAUGUGAUAUACAUGACAAAAGUAUCUCUACAUUACUCUCGCGAAAGUAUCCGGACAGUUCAAAGAUGGCUUGUCCUUCCUAGCAAAAGCAAAUUCAGGCUGGCGAUAACGACUCUUUAUUUUAGUGUGAUUAAUUUUUAAGUAACCUUUUGAAAAUGAACCAAGACGUUAAUAUGUUGCAAAGCUUCUGAACUUUUCAUCUGUUAUCUUUUUUUGUUAAAAUAAGAAACCUUCCUUCCAAUCAAUUUCAAUCAAAUAAUUUUAAGAUGGGCCAAUAAAACAUAAUGAUUUUUCACAAACUUGUUCUUGAAACACAAAUUGUUUCAAAUAAAAAGAAAGUUAAGUGUUUUCUUUCAGUUUAGAAAAAGUUUCCCAUGCAUAGGUGUCACCGAUCGAUUAAAGAACAAGGAUAGCAUUUGGUAACAUUUUAGCAGUUCUUAAACGUUCUUGCAAAGUAGAAAUGUCAUUUAGCUCAAGGUCAUGUAACCAAAAAAAUUCGUUUCAGCGGCAAGAAUUGCUGUAGUCGAUUGGUACAAGGAUACAUUUGUAAUUCUUUGAUAUUUUCCUUGCAAAAUUUACCGGCAGCUUUUUAAAAUAUCAAUUUUCUGUUACAUUUUUGCAAUUUUGCGUAAUGACGCAAACCUGUUUAGAUGCAUAUCGGCCAUUGUGAAACGUUCGUCCCUUAGCAUCACGUGACUUCUUGCUCUUUCUAACCACGACAAAUCUUUUACACUCUUUGUCUUUUAAAUUUUGUUGCAUAUACCGAAGAAGCAGUCAUUGUCCAUCAAGUGAUGUUAGCAAUUUAUUGAGAGCUUUUUCCAUUUUUUAUUAAAACAUUAUUUCUAUCAGCUGUGCGUAAGUCUGUUUUUUCGUUUCGGUCGCUACAAGCUUGGCAAAAAACCUUCACGACAUUUACUCACGUACCGACGAAGUAAUUUUUUUUAACGAAUAAAUAAUUUCAAAAGUCAAAGAAACUCCAAAAAAAAUUGAGAAAAAGUCAUGGAAAGGUUUUCAUGAAAAUUGGUUUUGUAAGUUGUAAACACAUAUUUCUAACAACUGAUUCGCAACCAAAUCAGAAACUGUCUGGAUAUUUCAUGAGGAAGGGGCUUUGACGCGAUCAGGACAGUGUAACACCCCCCC